UCAUUCUUUUUUUAAAUUUGGAACCUAUCUUUUUGCAUUAGGAAGGAUUCUGUCAGAUAAACCUCUCUAAACAUUUGUUGCUAAUGGCGGCUGUUUCAACUCACUCAUUCAACAGUACUCUCAAUAGACCUUCCAUUUCUCUCUAUUCCUCUUCUAUUCCCCAUUUAGGUAUUGUUGGAUUUUCAACUUUGAAACCAAAUUUGCCACAGCUUUCAAAUAAUCUCAAAACAGUAGUUGGAGUAGUUUCUGCCAUUGGAAAACAUGCAAAUGAAGACCAAUCUGUCACAACUCUCGACUCUUCCACCACACAAAUGGUUCGGCGCCAUACUAUUCAAGUGUUUGUUGGUGAUGAAAGUGGAAUGAUCAAUCGUAUUGCGGGCGUCUUUGCUCGAAGAGGGUACAAUAUUGAGUCUCUUGCUGUUGGUCUAAACAAGGACAAGGCUCUUUUUACUAUAGUGGUUUCUGGAACUGAAAGGGUGUUACAGCAAGUUAUGGAACAGUUACAAAAGCUCGUAAAUGUGAUCAAGGUUGAAGAUCUAUCCAAGGAGCCCCAAGUUGAACGUGAGCUAAUGCUUAUCAAAAUCAGCUCGGAUCCAAAAUAUCGUGUGGAGGUUAUGUGGUUGGUGGACGUUUUCAGGGCAAAAAUUGUGGAUAUUUCUGAUCAUUCACUGACUAUUGAGGUAACUGGAGAUCCAGGGAAGAUGGUGGCUGUUCAGAGGAACUUAAGUAAAUUUGGAAUUAAAGAAAUUGCUCGUACUGGGAAGAUUGCCUUAAGAAGGGAAAAGAUGGGGGAAUCUGCUCCUUUUUGGCGGUUUUCAGCAGCAUCAUACCCAGAUCUUGAAGGUGCGAUGUCUGCUAAUACGGAUUUGAGGACAACCAAGAGGACUCCUAAUGCAGAAUCUAUGUCUAUGGCUGAGGGAGAUGUUUAUCCUGUCGAGACAGAUGACAACUCUGGAGUCAGUCAAGUUCUUGAUGCUCACUGGGGUGUUCUCAAUGAUGAAGAUGUUGAUCGAAAUGAAGUAUGUAAAGGGGUGAGGUUGGACGUGCAAGGAGUACAAAUUCACCAACAUUAUUUUUUGUUUGACUUGAGCGGAACUGAUGUGGUGUUGAGGAUGGAAUGGCUAGCCACUUUGGGUGAGAUGAGGGUAAACUGGAAACUUCUCACCAUGAAAUUCAAAGACGUAGGAAAAUUGGUGUCGCUUCGAGGGGAUCCAGCUAUGGUUCGAACAACAGUGUCACUAAGAGCCAUGAAUAAUCUGUUAAAGAAAGGAAAUCAGGGAUUCUUCAUUGAGUUGAAUCAAGUGACAGUACAUGAAGAUGAAACAACUAUUAUAUCAAAAGAGAAGGAGGAGUUGUUAUGUGAUUACCCAGAAGUGUGAGCGCAAGCUUCAGGUCUACCACCACACCGUUCUAGGGAUCAUGCCAUCAUUAUUCAGUCCGGAAAACAACCACCGAACAUUUGUCCAUAUCGAUAUCCGAUAUCCUCAUUCUCAAAAAGCUGAGAUCAAGCGUUUAGUCAAGGAGAUGUUGGCUGCUGGAAUCAUUAGAGCUAGUACUAGUCCAUAUUCUCAUCCGGUAUUGCUCGUUAAGAAAAAAGAUGGUAGUUGGCAUUUUCGCAUGGAUUACUGAGCUCUUAAUGACAUCACAGUCCCUGAUAAAUUUUCAAUACCAUGGCAUUGAUGAGCUACUGGAUGAGCUAGGGGGAGCCACCAUAUUUAGCAAGUUGGAUCUCAAGACAGGUUAUCAUCAGAUUCGCACUCAACCAGGAGAUGAAGCGAAAACGGCCUUCGGCACGCAUGAGGGACAUUAUGUGUUUAUGGUCAUGCCAUUUGACUUGACCAAUACACCGUCGACUUUUCAGUCAUUGAUGAAUGAUAUUUUCAGGGAACAUUUGCGAAAAUUUAUUUUAGUGUUCUUUGAUGAUAUUUUGAUCGGAAAAGGGUCAUAUAUACCCCUGUACUUUGAGAAAAGGUUUAUAUUUGCCCUUUGUUAUACUUUUGGGCUAAAUAUACCCCUAUUGACUACCAGACCUUAUUCUAAGAUUAAUUUGAGUCUAAAUGUCUACACGUAGUGUUUUACCCCGAUCCCAUUUCACCCGGUUAAAUUAAUCCCAUCCCACAUGUUUUAAUCUGCGGCCAUAGGUGGCACUUUUAAGCUCAAGCAACAUUCUUCUUCCGUCACAAUACACCGGAAAUCACCCACAUUAAGCCCCUACAGAUAGUAGUUAACUUAUUACACAUCUGGCCUCGAUCCACUCUGAUAUUUGUCUUAAAGAUUUGCAUAAUCUCUCGAUCCAUUACCAGUUAAAAUCCAUCUUAUCUGCAAAACAUUAAGAAAAGGCUUAACAAAGAUUUAUGAAUAUAAAUCUAGCAACCAGUUUCCCACUAAUUAAGUAAUGACCCGCAUAAUCUGCACCCAUUUUUUCAUUAAUGCGCCAAAAUCACUCUCCCUCCAUUGCAAGCCGGAAGGUUCAAAAAUCAAGUAGAAGCACACUCACACACACAAAAAGAAAGACAACUGUCUCCACUUCCUCCAUAGCUAGCAUUUCACUUCAACACCAACAAUUCAAACUAAAAUUACAACAGUAACUUUCACAAAACUCACGCACUUAGAUUUCACAUUUCUUCUUCCACCAAAUACCGGCAAAGUUGAUCACAAAUUUCUCAAGUUUCACUUUGAUGUAUGCUUUUUCUAGCUCAAAUUUGAUUCUUUUUCCAGGUAUGUAACGAUGCAGGAUUCUAAACCAUCUCUUCAUUCCUUUCCUCCAUCUCCGCCGUCGACGACUACAAUGACUCUCUCUAACCACACACCGUCCCUUAUUGAGCCGUCUAUAGAGGGAGGUAAGGAGUUUGGGUUAAAAUUAAAAAUUAAGACACAUGGCAGUCAUUGGUGUUAAUCAGAUUGAUUAGAAACUAGUUGGUCGUUAAUAGUGGAACGUUAGUGGUCUGUUAGUCAAUAAUAAGGGUAUACUUAGCCCAAAGAUAACGACAAGGGUAUAUUUAUCCCAAAAGUAUAACGAAGGGCAAAUAUAAACCUUUUCUCAAAGUACAGGGGUAUAUAUGACCCUUUUCUGUAUUUUGAUUUACAGUAGAGACUAUGCUUCUCAUCUUGAAUGUUGCGAUGGAUGUGUGGGCACACUAGGAGCGAUAGGAUUAGGAAUGAAGUCAUUCGAGACAAGGUUGGAGUAGCCUCAGUGGAAGACAAGAUGCGGGAAGCGAGACUGAGAUGGUGGG